GCCACCUUGGUUCGCCUGUGACAUUUGUAGGUCGAGAAAGACGCGAUGUGAUGAAGAUAGACCAAGAUGCGGGUACUGCAGGACCAUGAACCUGGAAUGCACAUACCAAACACCUCGCGCCACCAAGAAGGACCAAUCCAUGGCUGUCGCUAUCAACGCAAUCCGUCGCCUCGAGUCCAAAAUAGAGGACCUGACAGCGGCCAUCACCACACCCAACCUUUCGUCUGUAGCGCCACUUCCGCCUCCUGGACCGCUUUUCGACCACCGGUCGCCCCAGUCAACCUUCUCCCACCCCAGCCCGGGGAGCCAUGUUCCAGUCACUCUCUCAAGCCACUCACGCAAUGAUAGAAAGAGCAUACACGAGCUCGCAAUGUCGCCUCAAGUUGCGACAACACCAGGCAAAAGUCCCUUCUCUGUACCUGAAACGCACAACAGAGUGUCGCUCUCCUUCAGCCAGCACCGUGUCGCACUCUGGCCUUCCGUUAAACAGAUACUACCCGCUGACUUUGUCUCUGCGCGCGCUGAGCUCCCGCAAGACUAUAUAAUGGACAUCGAAAACCAUAGAGUGGCAUUGCCAAUACACAUUGAUCGUCCGUAUGGCACGCUUCCUGACUCCUGGUUAAUGAGUCUCCCUCAGUCUGCCGUCAAAGGACUUGCAGAUGCUUACUUUGCUGUUUUCCACCGCAACACGCCUAUUCUCGAUAGGUUCCAAUUUUACUCGAGCACAUUGGGUUUGGCUAUGGAGAAUGAAUUUGGGCAUGACAUUGAGUCUUGCUUAGUCCUGGCUGUGUUGGCACUGGGCUGCCUGGCGGUCAAGGCGCACGAGGAAGGCAACUUCGCCCUUCCCUCUCGUCAUCCAUCGACAGUCGGCGGCUUCGUCCACCCCGAGUGGUAUGAGCUCACAGUAGACACCCCAUCAGGUCUGAAGUUCUUCAACGAAGCUCGAAAGCGUUUUGGUUUCCUCAUGUGUCAAAAUGACCUCCAAGCAGGCCAGUUCUACAUGCUCUUGACACUCUACUACGCGCAAACCCUGCGGCCGCUCGAUUCAUGGACAACGGUGAAUCGAGCGGCUCUCUGCUGCACAAGCAUUCUAGGGCACACAGAAAGCACAGAUUUCGAUCAAUGGGAAGGCGACAUGCUCUCGCGGCUGUUCUGGAACACAUUGAUGUACGAAAGUGUCAUCACACAAGAGCUGGACCUUCUCCCCCACAGUGGCCUGCUGAACUAUGAGUCUGACACACCACUACCCAAGUUCAUGCCGUGCCCUCGUCCCAAGACGUCCAUCUCAGGACUUCUCACAGAUGAAGAUGAUUCCCUGUUCAAUUUUCAUUUCCUUGCACAGGCUGCACAUCGCAUCCUCCUUACCCGUGUGAAGCAAAGUCUGUACUACUUCGCCGACAGAGAGGGUUAUCCGAGUGCAAGCAUGACGGCAGAGAUGCAUCACCAGCUGGAGCAGUGGCGGGCGAACCUCCCACCAUCACUCCAGUUCUCAGACAAUGAGAGCGCCGAUGACUCGCCAAGUCCAGCGCACGUCAUCGCCAAAGCCAUGCUCCGUAGCCGCUACCUCGUUGCCAAAUUCCACAUCGGCCGUCCGUUCCUCUACAAAGCACUCCAUGCUCCCGCCUACACCAACGAUGCCGAGUACAAUGAAGUACGCGAGGGUCUUCGGGGAGGCAUGUACUGGCCGACAACGAUGGGGCUCUGUACCCAAAUGCUAUCGGCGCUGCCGCUGAAAUUUGGUUGGUGCUGCCAAUGCUUUGGGCAAGUGUUGUUGUUCCAUGCAGUCGCGCGGUCGCCAGAUCCGAAGCUACAGGACACGUUGCCAGCAGGAUGGCAGGAGUGGGUGCAGAUCAUGAUGAAGCUCAUUGAGAGCUGCGCAAGAGACAGUCCUGGAAUCGCAAAGGAUUUCGAGUUGCUUCGCUUGCUUGAAGUUUAACAUUGUAAUAUUAGUGCGCGUGUCGAAGCUGCUCUCUCUCUCUGGUCGGGCGCGAGGCACGAGGCAACAAACGUUGCGAAGGCGGUGCGACCGUUUAACAUGAUAGCUGCGAGGAAGAGCUUGUACUAUGUAGCAC